AUGUCGAAUAUUCCGGGCAUUUCAAAGCCUGUCGUCUUCCUUUCAAGUGAAGACUUUGCGGUUGAACGUGUAUUUCCCAUCAGGAAUCUGGUCGGGGACGCGGACUCGACGCCCAGACCCGAGAAUGUGCAGAAUGCUACGGCAGAUGUUGAUCCGAUAGACUUACCCUUCAGAAUUGCAGAAGAGCUGGUCGCGAUUGAUGGGCAGGAAGAGACCGAUGUCAAGAAAUCGAAGGAUCAAGAAGCUGGAUCGCCAUAUCUUCCUCCGCCAUACCCGCCAGUACCACCAUCCCAUACGCUUCGCAGGCUCCCCUCCGAUGAAGGCGAAGCAGACUUAUCGAAGUCGAACGAUAGCUUGGGAUUCCAAAGGAAGAGGACUGAGAGAACGCAAUUAGUUCCCGCUACUACCAGGCCGCCAGGCGUUUUUCCAGGCAUCAUAUCGGACCCCUCGCGCCAGAAGUUCCACCGAUGCGAGGACGAGCCCAUUCAUACUCCAGGGGCAAUUCAACAAUAUGGAGUUCUAUUGGCUUUGAAGUACGAUAAGGAUGAGAAUCUUGAGGUCCGGAUCGUGAGCGAGAAUUCUCGUUGGGUACUCGAGUACACUCCUGAACAACUGUUCAAUCUCAAAUCUUUCUUGGACAUCUUAGAUGCCGAGUCUCGCGAAAAUAUAGUUGCGCAGGUCGAGCAUGCCCUCCACGAAACUCCCAAGGAGCUCAAUGAGGAUACACAUCUCGACAUAUUCGAUGUCUCCUUGAUCGUGCCAAAUGGAACCCUCAAGCGGCUCUGGUGUGCUCUCCAUAUUUCGAAAAGAACCAAGGAUCUGGUGAUCUUGGAGUUCGAGGACUUCUCAGAUGUGUUCUAUCAUCCGGACGUUCCUGAUAAGACAUUACCUGACACGCCAACCCAAACCAUCGAUCUAGAGGUUCAUCCUGAGGAGCGACUCAAGAGCAUUACUCGCGAGAGCGCUCCUCUAAGAGUCCUCCAGAUCUCGCGACACCAGAGACUGGUUGGUGUCUCUUCCAUGAAUCUUUUUAACGCCAUGAUACAGGCGCAGCAGCAAUUGUCAGCAGCCAAGUCUGUACAGCAUGUUUUAGAUCUUGUCGUGGGCAUCAUUUCGGAACUGACGGGCUUCCAUCGAGUGAUGUUCUACCGCUUCGAUGUCCAUAAGAACGGGUGUGUGGAAGCGGAACUCGUUAAUCCUCAAGCAAGUUUGGACCUGUAUAGAGGUCUCCAUUUUCCAGGCUCGUGA